UCGCGGGAGAGAAGUUGAGAAAGGAGCAACUGACCAAGAUGACGGAAGGUAUGGGCGAUGGUUCAGGAAAGGUCCUGACGCUCGACGAUCUUAUUGAAGCUUUGGACAGGCGAGAAAGGGCACCGAGUAAUGUUCCGAAGGUUGAUACAUUCAACUUCAAUGGAGAGCGGGUCUCUGACUGGUUGGAUCUGGUUGAGCAGGCGCGAGUGGGGCUGUCAGAUGAAGUAAAGCUCCAGCGGAUUUUGAGGUACGUCGUUCAUGAACAUCACAAGGAAGUGGGCAAGGUUGUGGAUGCCGCCAAUGGUAGUUGGGCAAGGUUUAGGGAUGGGAUGCAAAGAAAGUACAGACUGGGUGAUGACCUGCUAACUACAACAGAUUUGGAGACCAUGAACAAGGACGAUUUCACCACGAUCGGGGCGUUUGUGCAAGAGUUUAAGAAAAAGGCGAGGAAAGUGCAUAGGAUUUCUGAAGAAGCACAAUGCGCUAUCUUUUUGGGGUUGCUCACCGCCUCAGAAGCUUCGGAGCUGACGAGCCAUGGGGGAGGAAGUGCGAAGCUCACCUGGGUUACUAUUGAUAAGGGAGUGGAGGAUGAAAGUUUGGACCAGGUAGAGCAACACCAAAUGCGCCUGCAGAGGCGGAAGAAGAAGGAAAAGGGACGCCACCGCAUCUGGGACCCCAGGAGUGAAGAGGAUUGUCACGGACGUGCUGGCGGAGUUAGGCCCCCGACGUCGCAUGGAAGAGUGCCACAGGCGGCGCGGACCAGAAGUCAGAACAAGGCUGAAACCAGUCAACUGCCCAGCCAGGCGCCUGGUCAGGCGCCCCCUCGAAGGGAACCUGAGCCCGAGCGCAGGAAGGAGGUAGUGGAGGUCCCGGAAGAGGAAGAGGAGGAUGACGACGAGGAGGAUGAGAGGCUCCGACAAGAGGAAGACCAGCGGGCGAAGCUAAGGGCUAGGAAGAGAGACGUUCAGGAGAAAGCUGAGCCGAGCCAACCUGACGGCGUACCUAAGAGGAAGAAGUACACGGUUCAGCUGGAAGAGGGCUUUGAUGUGGAAAGGAUGGUGGAUACGGGCGUAGAAAUGAACAUCAUCUGGGAAAGGGAAGCGAUCAUGUUGGGAAUGGAGGUCGACUGUUCGGACCACGGUAUGCUACAUGGCGCCAAUUGCAAGGCUGUCUUUUGCGGCACGGCGUCCAAUGUGAUCGUGGAGAUUGGCAAGGUACGAGCAAGGACUUGUUUCUUCAUCAUGCCAAAUGUCGACCAUUCUAUCCUCUUGGGGAGAUCGUUCCUGUGCAGGACGGAAACUCUGAUUUUUAACAAGCACGAUGGGACGAUGAUCUUACUCUUGUGCGAUCCGGCCUGCGGGAACUACGAAGUCAUCACCUCCCGGAACACGGGGCCAGGGAGAGGAAGAAAUAGGCCUAAUCUCGGCUCGUUCACCUUCGAGAAAUCUGAGAACGAGCGGCGGAGGCACUGGGAGCUGCCCGAGGAGGAAGGAGGGGCCGAAGUGCUGACACUAAGCCUUACUGAUGUAAAUAAGGUCAUGGAGGUAGUGGCAACGCGUGACAUGGCGGACCCCGAGACCAUGAGGGCACUGAGGGAGCAGGUUUUGGAAAGCCCGCAGGUUCUGAUGGUGGGGUUAAUGAAGGAGAGUCAUCGCGCUUACGCCUUCAAUGAUGAUCAGCGUGGGAGACUGGAUGUGGACAAGAUUCCGAUGAUUCGGAUCCACACGGUCCCACAAGAGCGUUGGAAUCUAAGAGGCGUGCGGUAUCCCAACCCUAAUGAGGAGAAGAUUGUGGUGGAUUACCUGGACGACAAGAUGUGCAUGUACGUUGCCGACUAUUCUAGUGGGUCGUAUGCUUCCUCCUGGUCUUGCUUCGUUAAGCCGAUCGGGACGCGGCUAAAUGUGGUGACGGUGCGAGACGUCCUGAGCCUGUUGGAAGAAUACAGCCUUACAGCAAGUGACCCAAAGUCCAAACAUUACAUGAGGGAAGCGACCAUCUUGGGUUUUGUCUAUAAUGAGAGUGGUCGAAGACCUGAUGUGAAGAAGACAGACAAGAUCGUGGAGUGGUCAGUACCCUUUCGUUCGAUAACGGACGUAAGGAGCUUCCUCGACACUUGUGGAUUCUGGAGGAGCUUCGUAAAGAACUUUGCCGCCAAGACUGAGCAUCUGAGGAAGCUGGUACGUCAGGAUCAGGAAUGGGUUUGGGGUGGAGAUCAGGAAGAGGCUGUGAAGCGGAUGAAGGAAGAGUUUAAGGAAGGAGGCUUGGUGUUAGGAGCGUCAAACUAUGAGGUCACGGAGGAAAAACCGUUCAUCAUCGAGACGGGUGCUGGGCCAACUGCCCUGAGAGGAGUUUUGGUUGAGGCGGAUGCCGAAAGGAAGGAGAGACCACUAAGGUUCGAAAGUCGGACUCUUAAUACGACUGAGAGGAACUACUUCCGGUUUAAGAAGGAGACGCUUGCGGUACUCCACUGCCUUAGGAUCUUCGGGUUUGGCAGGAUGUUCAUAUUGAGGGUAGACCCCACUGCGCUCGCCUGUUCCCUGAAGAACUGUACUCCAUCUGACCCAACCGUCGCAAGAUGGUUGACGUACAUUUGGAUGUUUAACUUUGAGUUGGAGAGGAUUCCAGGGGACAAGAACAGGGCAGAUGGGUUGAGCCGCAUCAACAGGGAUGGGCCAGAUCAAGAGUCGAUAGAAGACACUCCACCAGUUGUUGGGUUCUUGGACCAAAAAGAAGACGUCUGCCUCCAUAUAAACGAAUGGUCCUUGCGAGUGCCUAGUUGCGUCAGUCACCCCACAUGGCUAGCACCUAGGGGGUAUGAGCAGAAGGCGGAGUUAGUCCUCAAGCCCUUUCGGGAGGAGGAUCCAUGGGGAAGUAGGGAUGUUCAUUGGAUGAUGAAAUUGGCAUUGGCUGAUACACACAGUUUGGUGGAGGAAGUGAGGACGACAGAGGAGGGUCCUACUCAAGUAGAGGAGCAUGGGCAGUUAAUGGGAGGAAUGUAUCUUCUUACGAACACGCUUCUGUCUGACUUUUCAAAGACAGUAAUGCAGAGGGGCGGGAGGGAUGCACGACCACGACAAAGACCCUUGGGAGCACCUAGAGGGGAUGACCAGCGCAGGCCUUUUGGGAGGGAGUCCACGCCUGCCUUCGAAGAUGAUAACAUAGGGCUCUUCUUGGACGCCUACCAGGCUCAUGCGACACGGGAGGGGUGGACUACCAUGGAGAUGAUACGGAAUAUGAGGGGGGUUGGACGUUUCGAGGACACUGUCGCGCAUAUUGGAGAGGAGGCUUUGACCAGGCCAGAUGUGGAGGCGAGGAUGAAGAGGCUGAGGGUUUCGUCGGUGGGACGCGAUGGUUUGCCUAUCCGGCUGGAGGAAGGCAAUGCGGAGGAGUUCAUUUCAGCCUACGAGCAGUAUAUGUGCGAUCAGGGGACCGUGCAGGAAGAGUGGAUGCAGACAUUGCUCCUCUGGACGCGAAGGGCAGAGAGGCUAUUGGCGGGACAGAUUCGGGAUAGGGCGUGUGAUUGCGAAGACUGUCGGACUCAACUUAGGUAGGCGUUCCGACGGCCAGAGCCUGAGAGGCCAGAGCCCAGGGCUGAGAGAAGGCAGAGAAGUAAGAGACCACGGGACCCAGAAACGAGGGAGGUCACUACAACUAGGAGAGGCCGAAAGGCCUUGGCACGGCAAGAGGAGGAGUCGGUGGAGCCUACUCAGGCAGUAGAGUCACUCCCUACUUAUGGACUUGAGCGAGUGGAGUUAAGAUCACUAGCGAUGACCUACAGAGGCCUUCGCCGAG